AAAUACUUCUACUAGCUGCUUUGACAUACCCAACAUUGCUUGAAGAAGACUUUAACUAGCUGCUAUGCAGGUCACUGCUUUGAACACUACUUUCGCAGCUUUUCGACAUAGCACUUCCGGUCGAGCUGAUUUGCCGGAAGUUUACAGCAGCAGCAGAGAUGUCGCCACCAACACCGGAUGCGAAACGAAAAAAAUGCUUUCUCUUUAAUUUUUUUAAUCGCAAAAGAACAAACCGGUGUGAAAGAACUCAACCUAUAGUUUUUAUUCACAAAAUAUAACGUCAUCAUGAGUUUCACAGCAGUGAGUGACGAGAAGCCAACUGGUGGAACGCUUGUAACGUUACAGACGUUGUCACAAACAAGGAUGUAUUUAUAUUAUGAGUGAACGCACAUUCACAUUCUUGCCUUACUUCCUUGUUGUGGCCACCUUGAGAGGGUUUAGUUUAAGACUUUUUCUACUGAAACUACACUGAUGAUGAGAUGAUACCUAUACCAUGUUGGAUGGCAAUGGUGAUGAAAUGAUGAUGUUUGCAUACACCCCAACAUAACUUAAACAAAGGCUUAUGGUUUAAAGUCAACAGGCAUAUUGCAACAAACAAAGAGUGAACAAUAAACAAAAGAUAACUAAGAAAAGCACAGAAGAAUGGAUGAAGUAUGCAGUAGAGAUGACUUUGAUAAAACUGCAUACAGGGUGGAAAACAACAGUGAUACAGAAGAAUGUACUGACAGUGAUGAUGAUCCAAAUUUAUACAGUGAAGAGGAACAUGAUUUUGACAACUAUUAUACUGUCAAUAGUGAUGGAGAUGAGGGCACAGGAAUACGAGAGCAAAAUAAAGUUCUCACCCAUGAUUUGGACAUGCUCAAGAAAAUUUAUGGAGAGCAGUCAUUUAGUAUAAGGUUGCUUGCAGCUCUAGAUAACCUUGAUGUCGCAUUGAAAAUCAGUAUGCAGUUUUUGUAUGAAGAACAAGCUAAAGCAUGGUGUGUCAACAGAGAAGAGCCUUUAAUAGUACGGUUGCACUUAAGUAUGUCAGCAUAUCUGGAUGAAGCAGAACCCAUGAUUGAAGUUUUCCAACCCUCUAGAAAGGAAAAAUUUGGCAUUGGCAGCCAGCUGAAAAAAAUUCUAGAAUCCUUUAUAUCCCGGCAGUGGAAAGAAUUAAGCAAUGCAUAUGUUGCUAGUCAGCAUUUAUUCCCUGUGCCUGGCCUUGAGAGCAAGGAUGAAGCAAGGAAGACAAAGUCACCUAGUGAGAGCCCUCUGAAGCUGGUAGACGAUGCCACUCUUGCCAGACUGGUGGGCAUGGGCUUUGACUUGGAGCGGAGUAGGGAGGCACUGCUGGAGGCCAGGGGAAAUGAACAGGAAGCAGUAGCCCUGUUGUGUGGAGAUGAUAAUGCCAGUGAAGGUGUAACACAUAGACAGGAGGUGCCCCAGGAUACAGUGCCAAAAACAGACUCGGGCUCAAGAUUGAAAAAGUUGCUCAACAGAGGCUCUGCAUCAAGUAAAGGCAGAAAACCUUCAAAAAUGACGGCGGUUGAAGAAAAUACCUGUAAAACAUCUUCAAGUGCCUCUGAAGGUCCCAUUGCUGACCAUUGUAACCAGGCACAUAAAGUUUUACCUGGACUUGAAUAUGGUUGGCUGGUGCAGAUGAUGCGUUAUGCCCAACAGAGGGUGCCAACUAUGAAUGAAUUCUGUGUUGUCUGUGAUGAACCUCAUGAAUUUCAAAAUGGUGGUAUGCUGAAGCCUGCAGUUUGUUCUAGAGAACUGUGUGUUUUUGCAUAUCAAACACUAGGAGUCAUGCAUUAUGCUGCAGAAGAAAUAGCAUCUGCAGCUGAGGUUGUUGAUCUAAUGAUUAACAUGGCAAAGUCAGCAUGUUUAUCACCAAGAAGAGAUGUGAUUUUUGAUCCUUAUCCCACCGUUGUAAACCCACAGAUUCCAACUGAACUAGCAUUUAACCCAAAGAAGAAAGAUUUUUCCUCAGUGAUAAGUUGUUUUCAAUGCAUUCCUGAUAUGGCCACCAUGACCCAGAUGUCUGCUGUGGAGUUAAAGCAGUCAUUAGAUAAAGCUAACCCUGUGGCAUACCCUCUUUUACAGUGGGUAAUAUCCAGUAAUAGGUGUCAUAUUGUCAAGCUACACACUUCAAAGCAACUUCACUUCAUGAACACACCUCACCAGUUUCUUCUGCUGAGCAGUCCACCAGCAAAAGAAGCCAAAUUCCGAGCAGCAAAAUCAAAAUAUGGAAGCACAUUUGCAUUUCAUGGGUCUUGCAUUGAAAACUGGCAUUCAAUCAUAAGGAAAGGGCUAGUCAACGCAUCAGGGACCAAGCUUCAGGUAGUAUCCACUAAGAAAGAACAAACCCCUGUUGGGAAAACCACUUCCACAAAAGAGACUAGUUCCCAAAGCAGUGUAUCUGGACAGAAGUUCCUAAGUCACUCAAACAGGCUUUCAUGUAUCGCUCUGUGUGAGGUUGUCACCAGUGAACAUUUGAAGAAGCAUGGUCCCAUCUGGGUUUGCCCUAAUCCAGAUCAUGUUUGCACAAGAUUCUUUUUUGUAUACGAAGAUCACAAUGGCCAAGUCCCAGAUGUCCAUACCCAGAAAGAAGGCUUCAAGCAGAGGAUUCAAGAUGUUGCAGAAUCUUAGUGACAGCUAAUAUUUAACAUGCCUUGAGAAGGAAUAUUUGUUUCCUUGAAAAGAAUCAGUUUCUUGUUGUAUUAUGUCUUACUAGUCCAAGUGUACAAUUAAUGACCAACGGAAGAUUGGAUGGCAAUUAACUGAUCUAUCUAAUUUUGCUCAUUUUAUGCAAUGUUGGUGCAUUUGAGUUUUCUAAAUAUGUUGUGUAGAUUUUUUUAAGGCUCAAGAUUGAUAUAGAUGGUCAGAAAUAACAACCCUUAAGAUCUGAGGCACACCCAAAAAGCUGUACUACAUGAUCGGGUGGCAUUAGAAAGUGUCUUCUUUGUGUUACGUUCAUACUCUCAUGAACAGUUUUUGACAUUCCCAGUACACGGUAUUGAAGCAAGUUUGUAAACUUCAGCCUAUACAUAACCAUUGUGAUUUUCAUUCAUGUGUUUCAUAUAUUUGCUUUCCCACACUGCAAUCUGCUAUUUUUAUGAAAUAUAUAAGUGCAUGCACAGAAAUAUCUAGGAUGUUACUGUACAAUUGGGACAUCGUUGUUAAAAUAAAAAUGUGCAAUUGGACAUUUGAUUUUUUCAAAUGUUUUUAUGUAUAGACAAGUGAUGUAGCCAUCACCUGCAUCAUUGCCAUGCACUUCACUGUUAAUGCAAUAUAUGGAAAACUGUGUGACUUGUUAGUCUCAAACUUGCUGGAGUGAUCUUUGCCAAGUAGAUUAUUUUUCUCAAA